AGGGGGUAGGGUAGUUCUUCUGUCCCCAAAAGGAGGCUCACAGUUGUUUACCAGGAAUACAAGGAAGAGGGCAGAGGCAGGAAGCAGCAACUGGAUAAUCAACCAUUAGGAGUGUGAAAACCAGCAGGGCAGUUACUGGGACUGGGGUUUUGAAGUGUAUCGAUCGUGGUCUUUAUUCCUACCGUGAUCACUGGAGUGCCAUGUCCUCGACUUUAUUGCUGUUACUACUCGAAAUUGCACUCUUUGUGGAGUUGCUGCACACAGCAUCCAUUACGCAAGAAUGUAUCCAGGGUACUGGAACAGAUUACAGGGGAGAAGAACAAGUUACAUCCACUGGAGAGAGGUGCUUAAACUGGAUGGCAACAAAGAGGGACUACAAAGUGAAUCUGCACCCUGACAACAUGAGUGGUGUUGGGAAUCACAGUUUCUGUCGGAACCCAGAUAAAGAUAAGAAAACCUGGUGCUAUGUGGACCAUGAUGGUGUUAUAAAAAGACAGUUCUGUGCUAUUCAGGUAUGCAAAGGUUCCAUAUCUGAGGUUACCCAGCUUCCCACCGUGACAAGUCAGAACUCUAGUACAUCUGAAGAAAACAGUGAUCAGCUGUUUGAAACAGACGAUUCUGGCUCCAGGAGUGAAGCAGCAGCUGUUCAGCCUGUUAUUGGAAUUAGCCAGCGCAUGAAACUGGGUCCUAAGCAGAAGAAAGACCUCGGACCUCUAGGGUAUGCCUUGGGAGUCAUCAUGAUGGUUAUUAUUAUUCUCAUUGGUGUUGGAAUUACCGUUGGUUACAUCUAUAAGAGGGGAAGAGACCUGAAAAGGAGACGUGAGCAGGAAGCAUAUGAACGUGAAAUGCAGCGCAUCACUCUUCCACUCUCUGCAUUCACAAACCCCACUUGUGAAAUCAUGGAUGAGAACACUGUAAUUGUUCACACAAAUCAAACUCCUGUAGAUGAAACAGAAGGUAGUAAUCCACUCAUUGAACAAGCCGGUACACCUGGUGCCUGAGUAAAACACACUGCAUCAGUAAGGAGUGUUUUCAAUACAACUGACCAAGGACAGCCCCCUGGCUUUACAUGUGUAUGUGUAUAUAUAUGUUUAUUUUUUGUGCAAGAUCUAAAUAUGGAUUUUGGACUCUAAGCCAUAGGUGGUGAUGGUAACAGCAUCAAACUCUGCAUUGAACAGGUUUUCUGUCUGUGGAUUGUCUGCUGUUGAGAAGCCGAUAUCUGAAUGUAGAAGACAUCAUGAGAACAGGCGGGACUGGUCCAGGUCAGAGCCCUACCAUCAUGCUCUGAAACAAGGUCUGCGAAACACCUGGCAUAGGAGUGUGUUCAUAUGCCCUCCACUCUUGUAUAACAUAGUGAAAUUAUUGUUUGGUGAAUGACGGAUUGUUGAUCACUUUGGUGAACAGUUUCCGAAAAGCGGCAAGUCAGUGUUAUGUGCUACUCAGUGUUGUAUUGUGAAGAGUUGCAGCUCAGUCUGUCCCAAAGGAAGCCGGAAAAGAUGUGAUUGUUCGUGUUUAAAAGGUCUUGUCUCUGUUCCAAAGACAGGAAGGCUGCUUUCCUGCUGCCUCAUGGCUGGCCAAUCUGACUUGUGCUUACAGUCUCUGUGUAGUCUGUACUGAAUGAUAAGUUCUCAGCUGCUUAAACAAUAAUUGUGAGUUUUUAGUAUUGGCAGGACUCGUGCGGUUGCAAGUCGUGUACCACCCGGAGAUGAGUAUUUCUGGUUUGAUGUGACCAUUUAGUAAUUGGGGAAUGAGCUUUGAAAAUACAAAAUAAGCUGUACUAUUCAUAGUAGCAGACUGCUAGGAAAUUAAUUACAGCUGUUGUAAGGAUCAAGAAAUUUUAACCCAUGUCCAUGAUGCCAGUACAGUAGGAGGUGAGCAACCUGAGUCUGUUUAACUUGCUAUUGAAAACUCAAGACAACUGUGAAACGGUUUAUUCUCUCACACAAUUCCUGACAGUUGCUUGAGUGUAUUUCUGUUUUUUUUUUUUUUUUUUUUUUUAUUGUUUUUUUUUUCAUGCGGGCGGGGAAGGGGGUGUGGAAGCUUGGUCUAAAGUUGGUUUUCUGAGCUGUCCCAGGACGAUAAGACAUGUUCAUAUGAAAGUUGUAAUUUAUAACCUGAGUUGGAAUUCUAAACAGUUGCACCAACCAAUGUUUCCUAAGAUUUUCCCCCACACUAUUCUAAGUAUAAUAUUCCUUAACUUUCCUUUUUCUAUCUUUUUUUUAUUCAUUUGGCCUCCGUACUGCUUUUUGGCUCUGCUGAGAACUUCCAAGUCUUAGUUCAUGUUGGGUGCUAUUGUUUUUUUACUUUUGUCAUGUUCGGACAGGUCAGCUUAUGUAAUUAUACAUGGCAUCUGCUUCAUCAGCACAUGGUUGCAGCCUGUAACAUCAGUGUGAUGACAGUGUGCAUUUCGUAGUGUUGUAAUCGUACCAAGCUUCAUCUGAAACAGGGUAGUAACCAUAUGGACUGUCUUGGUUGGCAGUCUGUCCUUGUUUUUUUAGUAUUCUUAACUUUGGCUCAGCUUGUUUAAAGAUCAGAAGUACGUACAAAAGGCUGAAUAGUGUGCCCUUAUUUCUGUGUUGAAUGCCUGCCCAGAAAUAUGUGAUAAAUCUCUAGAUGUUCAUAUUUUCUGGAGGUGGUCAAUUGGGCACUUCUGAGUGGUAAAGGUAGUAGCAGGCCUCCAGUGGCAUGGUGAACUGAGGCUGUUUGUAAGUGUUGUUACAAGAGCAGGAAGGGUUGUGUAAGUGUGGCCACAUUGACAAAGGCUGGGGAUUGAUGGAAACUUCUGAUAUUCAUGGGUACAGUUUGAUACUCAAAGGUGUUCUUUCCAUCCACACUGUUGCUACAUGAAAGGCCUUGUGGCAUGCAGGUAUAUCAUAGUACUUGGUUAUGCUCUGUUAGAUUACUUCAGCUUGAUUUCCUGUUUGAAAGACCUUUUCUGAGGCCAAAUUUCUGUUUGCUAACUGGUUUCUUUUGUAGCUGUUUGUUGUGUGUGUGACUUUUCUCUCUCAUUUACAACAUUUAAAAUUUUCAUCACAGAAGCUACUGUUGAUUUAGAAGUGGAGAUAUUAUAAUGGGUGAGAUUUUUAAGAAAGUUUGCAAGAGAGGAAAAUGACUAGCCUGUUUUUCAACUGUGGCAGAUAGUUGGUGUUCCGCAGAACUAAAUGGUUCUUGUUGGGUCCCAUGUUUCAAACUUACAGCGACUCUUUUUCCAGUAACACUGGACAGUGUUAAGUUGUCCUUUGUGCAGCGAGGGUGAGACUGUACCUAGAAAAUACUUUAUGGCAAAAGUUCAGUGGGGGAAAGGGGAGUAAAUAUAAUGUAGUCAUUUUAUGAGCCACUGUUCUGAAUUAAGUGAAUUCAUUAACAUUACUUAUAGGGUCUUGUGUUAUAGAGGGGAUCAACAGCUAAUUCUCCAGUUGGCGUUAGAGGUCUAGGGUUGUGGGGUGUGGCUGCCAUGAUUAAUAAAUUUGUAAUAGUCAUGGUGGUGGUAACAGCUGCCUUCUGCAAACGAGCUUCUGUGAAACGCACCAGUGCUGUUGGUUAUACUGACAUGAUCCUGUCUCUUAAGGAUACGUUUACUUUUUUUUUUUUUUUCUCUCUUGAUUUAUGCUUGUCUUGACUCCUUUUAAUUUGAGUAGUGGAUUUUAUUUUUGCCCUCUUGGUACACCACUCUUGCUUGGCAGAAAUUAUUAGGCAGGGCAGCCACAGCUCUAUGGCUGUGUAGAGUGUAUUCAUGCAUACAUCUUGGUUGGUAAUUAAGGUAAGCAUGUAUAAAUCACUUUAUGCCGUAGUACCUUUUUUUGUAACAUGUACUACUGCUGUGUAACAGUGAUUUGAAUGUACAUGGUCCAUUGCUUUCCUGCAGGCCAGGACAACUUGCUGUUCAUUCAGAACUGGUCAGUGCUUGUGAAGUUUUCUUAGCAGCUGUGCAUCACAGUAUGACUGUCUUGUGCUGGAGUAAUUCCACUACGCAGAUAGUUUCCAUGCCCUUUAAAGGGGGAGGGGUGAACUGUCAGGGUCCUUGUUUAUGUUCUAAGUAUUUAUAGUAGCAGCAUAUGAGCUUUGGUUUGUCUGAAACAAGGCUGACCAAGGAUACACACACACACACACACACACACACACACACACACACACACACACACACACACACACACACACACACACACACACACACAAAGAGAUGCAACACUGCAGGGAAGAAUGUAGCAGGCUCCUGAAGGCUGUUGUCUCUAUGCGAAUGCUGUUCAAAAUGUUCUGCACAGGUAUGCAAGUUGUCUUUUUUUUUUUUUUUUUUUUUUUUUUUUGUAAUGCACCUGGGUGCUGUUGACUUUUAUAUGAUUUAAAAUUAAUACCUCAGUACUUGAAAAUUUGUAUAAUGUAGCAGUCCUUUGUGCUGCCUUUAUAAACAAUAAAAUGACAAAAUCUUG